CCGGACAAUAAUAUUGCAGCUCUCCAGAAACGCUCUGAUCAUAUUAAUUAGAGCGAAAGUGAUUGAACGCUAUUUUGGUGAUUAGGAAGAAAUGUAGCUAGCACUCUAGUUUUAAGGUUGUAUGUGUCUAACCAGCAAGCUUGAUAUGUUCAUUUUGGAAUUGAGUUGAUGUUAGACCAUUCCAGUCGCCAUUUGGAGAGAAACCUCGAGCUGUUGGGCUAGUUGGCAAGAUAACUCGUUAUGUGGGACGAUGGUGAGAAAGGAUAGUUAGCUAAAUGCAUUUUGUUAGCUAACUAUAGUAGGCCAGUUCUCGUAACCUGAUGCAUACCGGUACCUGUCUGUUGCUACGUGUUGAAGAAUGCUAGGAUGUUCAAAAAUGUGUUCGGGUCAGGAUUUAUUGUAAGAACCGCGCACGUUAUCCUGACAUGGGUAAUAACACUGAUACUCUUCCUACAUGAUACAGGUAAGUGCACGGGAUUAAUAGGAUAUUGAAAUUAAUUUUCAGAGGCCUGUAUGCGUUGCACAGCUGUAAUGCAUAGAUGACAUAUGCAUUAUUACACUGUAAAGCAUACCAUCAAACCACACUUCCAUUUAUUACCAAAUAUGGUGAUGAGAGGAAGUCCAGUGCCAGUGCGUGGAGGAAAGUGGGAGAAGAUGUAGCUAGAUGAAACUUGGUCGACAUUCUGCUAUAUUUUCUCAUUGGUGAAAUUUGAUCUCAAUACAGUUUUCUGUUCCCAAAACUAGAAUAUGUUACGAACAGAGUGCGCGCUAAGUUUUGUAGACUUGACCCUUUGCCAAAAUUGCGUUUGUGUAGAAGGAGUGCAAGGGCGAAAUUAGUUAUUGCACACGCGCACUUUACAAAGGAUGCGUUCCCUAUACAUGCUAAAACGGGCCAAUAGGAUCUUGAAACGCUCGUGCUUGGCUCUGCCCACCUCCUUGCUUGUUCUGCCCACUGUGCUUUAUUUUCUCCCAUUAGAAACGAUGCUGAUGAUAAAUCUUGGGUUGGUUACCAGUAUCUUUGAUCAAAUAGUGGCACCAACAUUAUCAACAAAGCAGCCAAUUAGGUAGCUGAUAAAAGUAGCUAAGGUCCUUAUUGGUCAAGACAGUUGGACUAAUCUCAUAAAGCCACAGUCUGUGUAAGAUAAGGCUAUAUAUACUCCAAUUAGUGAAAUAUACCCAUUGAUUUGAAUGAAUAGUCAUUACUUGUAAAUUUGAUAAAUACAACUGUCUUACCUUAUCAUACCCAUCAUAACUUAGGACCUAUUACUCUCUGUUGGCAUAGACUUAGGAAGCCUUUGCUUGAUCGUGUAUAGCUUGGAAUGUCAUUCCUUGAGCACUUCAUGCAGUAUCACAGAAAGCAAUUGGUAUUUGCAAGUGAAAAUGUCAUGGGAUGCAUAGGCUCCAUUGUUAGCGUUUUUGUUGGUGGCCAUUUAUUUGAUCGUAUUUCAUUAUCCAACAUUCUAGUAGUAGUUGCUAGUUAGUAAACAUUGCUAAUUUAUUAUUGCGUUGCAGACCUGCGGAAGCAAGAGGAGAGGGGAGAGCUCAUCCAACCUGUGCUUUUCGUCUUGCUGGUCCUUGUGUCGGUGUUGCUGUACUUUGCUGUCUCACUCAUGGAUCCUGGCUUUGUCCUAUCUGACGGUAGUGACUUACAGGUGCGUGUUGCUUACUUCACCACACAACACAUGAACACAGUAAUGCAUAUCAAUGCUCAGGAUAUACAUUACAGCUAAAAAACAAUACACUUGUACUGUAUUUUUAGUUCACCCUUGGCAUCACUGAGGAGACGCAGGACAUGAUUCCGCCAACAGCCAAGUCUCUGCGACAGCGGCGCUGUGGUCAUUGUCUGCUUCAGGUAUGGAGUGGGCUACUAUAGUAUUUUUAUUUUAUUUUAUUUAACCUUUAUUUAUCCAGGGGAAACCCAUUGAGACCAGGGUCUCAUUUACAAAGGUGCCCUGGGAACAAUAAAUAAACAUGAUCAGUCUCAAUACAACGCUAUACAUGUACAAUUCCACAUUACAACAAAUCAAAUUCAAAAGCGACAGAUACAAUUCCACAUCAAUCAAAACAAGUGCAGUUCUCUUUCACCACAUUCCUAAUUAAAGUCCUGAACUGACCCUUCGAGACCAGAGAGUCAAGCCUUAAAGUGACCUGCAGGUCAUUCUAUGCUCCAGGGGCACAAUAACUAAAAGCAAUCUUCCUGGACUCUGUGGAGACUCGCGGAACCUCUAAAACGAGUCUGAUGGUGGCUUGCUUUCCAAUUAAGAAGUGAGGUGAGAUAGUAUGGGAGUUUCUGGAGAACUGCUUUAUAUACAAAUAGCAGCCGAUGUUGGGCCCUUCUGUUAGUCAGAGACUCCCGGCCAACAGAAUUAUAUAAAAGGCAAUGAUGUGUACUAAAAUUGUCUCCAGAGAUGAAAUGCAGGCUGAAUCUAAAGGUUUUAAAAUGGAGGCUGCUGCAUGCAUGUAGAUUACAUCAUCAUAGUCAAGUACUGGCAGGAGUGAUGCUUGAGCAAUUUUCCUCCUGUUUUUAAAAGUAAGGCAGGAUUUAUUUCUAUAAAGGAAAUCGAUCUUUAUUCUGAGCUUCUUUGAUAGUUUUUCAAUGUGUGUUUUAAAAGACAGCUUAUCAUCAAUCCAAAUACUUAAAUACUUAUGAGGAACUUGCUCAAUAUGGGAUCCCUUCAAGGUGCAAGUACGCAGAUCUUUAGGGUCAAUUUUACAAGACCUGGAGAACAACAUCAACUUGGUUUGAUCAACAUUUAGCAAGCUGUGGCCAAGCUGAAGGUUGUUAAUGGCCUGCUGCACUGAGGGGGCACAGGGAUAAAUAACUGUGUCAUCUGCAUAGAUAUGUAGGCCACAGUUAUUAUUAUUCAGAGACAAACCAACAUUAUUAAUGUAAAUAGUGAACAGUAAAGAGCAUAGUAUUGAGCCUUGUACACCUGUUGACAUGUAUAUUUACUGCAUAUGUAUUCCUGAGGUGACAUUAGGAGUGAUGAUGUAAUCCUAGGAUGCUGACAGACACACCAUCUACUCUCACUCUGUUAAGAGAUUAUCUCACUCAAUUAUGGUCAUGGCAAGAUAAGCUGCUGGCAUAUGAUAUGAGUACAGGUCAGUGGACUAGUUUAUGACCAGAAAGAGCUUUCUGUAACUCCUCCUUCCUCCCCCCUUUCCCAUUCAUGUGCCCAAGCAGCAGCCAAUGCGAUCCAAGCACUGUCAGACCUGUCAGCACUGCGUGCGUCGCUACGACCACCACUGCCCCUGGAUCGAGAACUGCGUGGGUGAGAGGAACCACCGCUGGUUCGUGCUCUACCUGGCUGUCCAGCUGUUUGUGCUGCUUUGGGGCCUUCACAUGGCCUGGUAAGUGGAGAUGGGUCUUCACAGCCCGUUCAUACAUGGUUGUGGUGACCCGCAGGGUAUGCAAUGCAGGGUUUUAUUCCAACCCAGAUGCUUUUGAACAAAAAACAUUUGCAUACCCUGUGGGUCACCACAACCAGGAUCGAAGAACUUGAUAAUACAGAUGAUUUCUGUUUCAAUUGAUCAUAUGAUGCACUGUUGUUUGGGAGGUGUGGCCAAUCUCACUUGUUCUCUGUGACGCAGGUCGGGCUUCACCACGGCGCCCUCCUGGCAGCUGUGGCUGCGUGGCAAUGGCGUUCUGCUGGGUACGGCGGCGGUGGUGGCGGUGCUCUCCCUCACCGUGCUCCUACUCCUGGGCUCCCACCUCUACCUGGUCUCCCUCAACACCACCACCUGGGAGUUCAUGUCGCGCCACCGCAUCUCCUACCUCAAGCACUGCGGCGCCGACGAGAAUCCGUUUGACCGCGGUGCGCUGCGCAACCUCUGGGGCUUCUUCUGCGACUGGGGCGCCAUAGUGUGGGAGCAGGUGUACUUCAGGGAGGGCAACGACCCCAUCUGAUGAGCAAACAAGCUAACUAACUCACCGUCUACUCAAGUUCUUCAUUCCUUCCCUAGAAUUCCUCCAAUUGUGUUUACAUCCUCCUUUCUAUAAGUAUCUUUACAUGAGACAGACAUCCAAAUGAACUAUGAACUCCUCUCAUUACUUCAGUUUGUCACCUAACUUUUUGGAACCAGGAGUGCAAGGCAUUCCAGUUUAGUAUGUAAGUGGAUUUCAAUGGAUUUGAGCGCAAUCCUGGUAUUUAUUUCAGUUGACUAGUGACAUGAAAAUUUUUAUUUGUCAGGAAGACAGGAAAAGUUUUAUUGAAACAAAUAGGUCAGAUAUUCAAUCUAGGUAAGAAAGGUAAUUGCUGUGAGCCUGUGAAUAGUAAUGAGAUUCUUAGUGUUGGUAUGUUUAUUUCCUAUCCUUACAACGUACCCUUGCCUUUGACAACCACUACACUCCUACCCACUCCAAUACCCUCCUCUGGCCAAAGAAUAAUUUCUAAGAGUGAAGAGUCAAAAAUAUCACUGAAGUAUUAGGAAUUUGAGCUAAGUAAGGGAACUCUUCUGUGUUGAAGGGAACACACUUACAGAUCACAUAAUUCCUUGACAGUUAGGUUAACAGAAAGUUAAUUCACUUAUGGCCUGUUUUUCUAUUCCCUGAGUUUACUAAGCUAUAAGCUAACUGUUGUAAAUACAGUAUAAAGGUACUUUCAUAUACUGUUGUUGAUGUAAAACUGUCUAUUCUUGAGAGCAUGAUUUGAAUCCUUGUUGGUGUAUUUCCCCAAUAUCGACUCAGCAUUGACACAGGCUCUGUAGCCACCAAGUGGCUGAUUGACUCAGUCAAUCCAGUCUUUAGGCUGUGUUUACACAUGCAAUCCAAUUCUGAUAUUUUUCCCACUUAUGGGUAAAAGAUAUGAUCUGAUUGGUCAAAAGACCA